AUGGCAGCCCCGCAAAGUCUUCUCAUGAUUAAUGGUCAAGCCCACCAGGUCGGCGCGAACAAGCGUCUCGCUGUGCUGGGCGACGCAGUAGCGACGCAGGUACUCUGCGAAGUAUGGUUCAACGACCGUGACCAGAAUGGUAAGUUCGCGCACUGGUGGUUCGUACGCUCCGUCGUCUUUACCAACGAUUUUACAGGAAAUCCCCGGACGCUUUCCGCCUGGACACUUAUCCGCCAGGACACACUCAGCAAUGGAUCUCUAGCAAGUCUGGGCAACUUGCUCGGCUUAGCUGUCACGAUCAUUGCAGCACCAGGACACGAGGGUAUGCCAGGAACGGUGAUGAUGGCCACCGCCAUGGAGGCAAUUCUUGGUGCUGUCUACGAGGAUGGAGGGGACGCAGCCGUCAGGCACGUCAUGGCCCACAUCGGCCUGAACCAGCAAGUGGUAAUGUCAAAAUACCCUUAUCAGCACUUGAGUGGAUUAUCACUAUUAACUAAUAUGCUACUUCUAGAUACGGGGUGUGGACGCCCCCAGGAACCCCCCUGA